AUGUCACAGAACAAGCUUGCAUUUCAGGCUGAGGCUGAGGCAGCUCCGCUUAACCAUCGACUUAUCGAUCACAGCGGCGGAGUUAUCGGCUUUCCGGGACUAAAAUGCGUCCAAAAAGGAUCACAUUGGGCACUAUCAUCAGCAUCGAGCGCGGCCCAGACGGUGCCACUAUCCCACAGAAGUUCACAAUCCACCGGCAGCCUGAGACUCCUCCGGCUGCUGGCCGUUGUCUCAGUAAUUGGAUCGCAGUUUCAUGCCGUUCUAUGCAUUGCAUCCGUUGAACCCACAGCAGCGGGAGCGGCAGCCACAACCAGCUCGCAGCAGCAGCAUUCCAGCGGCGCCGGCGAGAAUCACAGCUUCUUUUUUGAUGACUAUAACACAACGAAGACGACUUCAUCAACCGCCGGGGGCUAUCCGGCGACAGGAGCUAGCGCCAGCACGGCCGCUCUCUCAUCCCCAACCCAGGACCAAUACCAAUCCCACUCCCAGUCCCAGUCCCAAUCCCAGUCCCAAAUGCCGGCCGAAGAAGCGUCGGCGACGGCGUUAGACUUAUCGCACUUCGCCAUUAACCCGGGCGUGCGGCUGGACAGGGCUUCCGUUAAGGCGGCGGCGGGCAGCAAUGAGAUUAGCAAUAGCACGCCAAUCAAAAAUUUAAUUACUAGCUUUGGGCGCCCCGCUUUGAUGGCGGACGACCAGCAGCAGCAGCAGCUGGUGAUGCCUGGAGCGACGGCAACCGCUGCUGUGGCAGUGGCUUCUGCCACAACAACGACAACAACAACCCUGGCGGCAACCCUAAAAAGUGCCAAGAGCACCAUAAAGCAACCCAUCGAUUCCACGCGCUCCAGGAACCAUUGGACAGUGGGUGUGGGUGGUGGCGGAUCCGCUGCUCGUGACACGGAACGUCCCCGCACCUUCCGCAGCAAGCACCACCAUGAGCACCACUGGGGGCCAUUCUUCGAGGAGCCCGUCAACGCGGGCGCCUCGGGCGAGAAUCUCGUUUCCGCCGUGCACUUGUUUACGGAAGCGGUGCUCAACUGCCGCGUUGGCAUGCUCAAGGACAAGACGGUCAUGUGGGUGAGACGGACCAGCGAAAAGGUAUCCCUGCUGACCGUUGGCAACGUCACCUACAGCGGCGACCCCAGGAUACGGGUCAAGUUUCAAUAUCCGAACAACUGGCGGCUACUGAUUAAUCCCACGCAGACUGAGGACGCCGGUAUAUACAUGUGUCAGGUUUCCACUCAUCCGCCGCGGGUGUUCACCACGAACUUGACCAUUUUGGAACCCCCGCUAAGGAUAAUCGAUGAGCAUGAACGGGAUGUGGGGGAUCGGUACUACAAAUCCGGCAGCACCGUCGAUCUGCAGUGCCAAAUAUCGCGUAACUUUUUCCUCAAGGAACGCUACACCAUCCUCAAGUCAACCGAAACCACAAAGGGAGGAGGUGACGUCCACAAACUAUAUAACGAAUCGAGCGGCGAGCCAAAUCUGGUGGGCAAUGCCAGCCAGCUGGCGCAGCUGAAGCUGUCGGGCCUGGAGCUGGAGAAGUACUUUAGUAAAUUUAUAACCUGGACAAAGGAUGAGGAGCCGCUCCAGGGACUGACCAACAAGCGAUCAAGCAUUUCCGAUAAAUGGCUUACCAGUCGCAUUUCCAUUGAAGAUGCCAAGCUCUCGGAUAGUGGCAACUAUUCCUGUUCCCUUGGCCGACUGUUUACUGUAAUUGUCCAAGUACAGGUACUCACAGGGGAACUACCCGCGGCUGUCCAACACAACAUAGCAUCCAGAAUCCAAAAUUCACCUGCUGGACUCUUGGUUAUUCUCCUGUUCGUCCAUAUUUCUCUACACUUGGCGAAAAACUGAAGGACUUUAAAUGUGACAAAUGUUUGACAUCAAGACAACAUAUUGAGGCCAUUUUCACAAAUCAUUUACGUAGUAAAUGUUUGCGAUAAAGGGCCCAUCUGGGGUGUAAAAAAAAAGAAUUUAAAGUCGGUUACAAGAAGGAGAUUUUCAGAAAAAAGGGUAAUUUUUUUUCUAGUUAAAAUUAAAAUUAAAAAAGUUUAAAGUCAGUAUGAGAAAGAGCUACAGUUUGAAUUUAUUUAUAAUUUUCUUUAUAUUUUUCCUGAAAACCUAACUCUAUUUGUUUAAUUUAAAAUUUUUGAAGAAGAAAAACAACAGCUGGUAUAUUCCUGUUUUUAAAGGACCCUACUUUUUAGGUAGAACUGCAGCCAUAUUUAAUAAAAUAAACAAAGCUGGAACCUUUUUAUAUAAUAAACAAGGUUUAUUCAAAACAAAAGACUCUAAUUAAACCGGAAACUGUAGCGCUUUCUCAUAUUGGUUUUCCUUUAAAAUCGCUCAAACCGAUUUUCGGGAAAGUCCCCUUCCUGUAACCAACUAAGAAAUUUAACUCAAUGCCCUAAUUUUUUUUUGUGAACCUUUCACUAAUGUAUCUGAGUAAGAUAUCGAAAAUAACAAACCCAAAAUGCCAAACAGAGAAAUGGGUUUCCUUUUACGAAAUACAAUUUGGCCUUAUUUCCUUCUGAAUCCUUUUAAAACACCAUCUUCCCGCUUGUUUCUCUGUAUCGGAAUUUAUAAUUUAGUAUUGUGAAAUUUUUCUAAGAUCCAAAUCGAAACUAAAACUACAACCACAAUUUUGUAUAAAGUCCACAAUAUAUCAGUUAUAUAAAAAAAAAUAAAUAAAAAAAAUAUGAAAAAAAAAUCGCCCGCCAAAAACUUAAAAACUACUUUAAACAUAAUU